AUGCUGCAGGAGCUACUGGUGUCGCGCUGCUGGGAUGUCCAAGAGCAUCCGGAAUGGCUGGUCUUUGAGGUCGAGGGGGGCCUGCAAAUUCGUCCGGUGCAGUAUCAGGUAGCCAAGAAGCUUAUGGAUGACCCUGGCUCCGUGGUUCAGCUGAACAUGGGCGAAGGCAAGACUCGAGUCAUCCUCCCUAUGCUCAUUUUACACUGGGCCGGACGAGCCGAUGCGGGUGAGCCGAGAUUGCUCCGAAUCACAGCCUUGACAUCGUUGCUGCAUGAGCUGUACGAUUUCAUGCACAGGCACUUGUGUGCUUCAGUAUUGCUGCGAAGAGUCUUCGUCAUGCCCUUUCAUCGCGAUGUACAGCUCAGACCCGACGACAUCAAGCAAAUGAUUUCCUGUCUCGACUUCUGCCGGCAGAGUGGUGGUGUUGUACUUGUUGCGCCCGAGCAUCGAUUGUCGUUGCAACUCAAGUGGCACGAGCUACGCCUUGAAGGCAAGCAUGAGAUGUGUCAGCUCCUCGCACGGCUUUCAAGCAUUCCAGUUCGAGACUUGCUAGACGAGAGCGACGAGGUCUUGCGGCACAAGUACCAGCUUAUCUAUGCAGUGGGUAGCCCAAUCCGAUUGCCACAGGGGCCCGAGCGGUGGGAGACGGCAACGGCUUUGCUCAGAGUGCUGCAGCAGUCAGAGCGUGUAGCCCAGCUCUUGUCGGGGAAAGCUUUGCGAGAGCCUGAUGGAGAGCAGGCUUUUGAUCGCUUGCGAUUCAUUCCUGGUAGAGACCUUGACCGGGUGAUGCCAUCCAUCCGGCUCGCCCUUCUUGAAGACCUGAUGGGGUCUCCACCCUACGAGCUGGCAUGGCUGGCAAACUACCGAACACAGGGCCCGGUGGUCCGGUUUCUGACUAUGCCGGAUGCGGAUGCUUCUUGCCUGCCUUCAGGCUUGCCGGAGGACCGAUUCCACACCAUGCUGGCACUUCGAGGCUUUCUUGCGUGUGCGGUGCUGGAGCACUGCAUGCAGAAGCGACACUCCGUGGAGUACGGCGUUGGGCAGAAGCACGCAAAGCGACUGGCCGUACCUUACAAGGCUAGCAACACUCCGUCCGAAAGGAGCGAAUUCGGUCAUCCAGACUGUGCCAUCAUGCUAACACUCCUUUCCUACUUUUACGAUGGCCUCAGUCGUGCGCAGCUGAAGCAAGCUUUCGAAGCCCUCCUGUCGUAUGACGAGUCCGUGCAGAAGGGCCGCUACGACGCGUGGUUUUCACUGAGCCAAGGCAUGAAGCCAGUUGAAGAGACCAGGACUGUCCGUGUUGCCACAAUGAUCGACUUGUCCAGUGAGCCACAGCUUGACCUACUGUACGAUCUCUUUCACAUGAACUUUGAGACCAUUGCGUUCUGGGUAUGCCAGUGUGUGUUUCCGAAAGAGACGUCGCAGUAUCCGAACAAGCUUGUUGCCAACGCUUGGAAUUUGGCUGACAAUCAGGAUGGUCUUGUCAGCGGUUUUUCUGGGACGGAUGACAACCACCGCGUCCUACCACUGCAGGUCACCCAGCAGAACCUAGCCCACCUGGCCGGCACCAACGGGAAGAUGAUCAACAUGAUCAUGGACAACCCAGACUUCCUGAGCCUUCCUCCCGGGCAGGACCAGGAAGGCAACCCUUCAUGGCUGCGAGCGGCCCGCUUCGCUGUGGAACGAGGCGUGCACGCCCUCAUUGACUGCGGUGCCCUCACGGCCGGUGCCCUCAAUGCGGACAUCGCGGUGGAGAUCUUACGCUUGCUGGCCAACAGAGGUAGCACGUUGCAGGGGGUCGUGUACUUCGACGCAUCAAAGAAAGACUGGAUCAUUUCGGAUCGUCACGGACGCUGCCUUCCAAAGAACCGGUCUCCAGUCCGAGAGCACGAGUGUUUCGCUUUCUUUGAUGAAGCGAGAUCGCGGGGAGCCGAUUUGAAGCUUGCGAAGAAUGCCAAAGCCAUGGUCACCGUUGGGCUGAGGUGUGGCAAGGACAAGCUGAUGCAAGCCAUCGGGAGGAUGCGAAUGCUCGGCAAAGGGCAGACCCUGGAGUUCCUAGCUUCAGAAGAGGUGAGCAAGAAAGUCCGCGAGAUGGUCCAGCGCGACCAGACUGAGGGAAAAGGCCGCCAGAAGGGAAAAGGUCGCUUGAAGGCCUUGAAGGAGGAGCGGGUUCAAUUGACCUCCCAGCAUCUCUUGGAAUGGGUGAUGGCCAACACUGUCGCCGCGGCGGAGGAAGCUCUCUCGGAGUGGGCAAAACAGGGAUUGCUCUUCAGCUCCACACGAGCGGCACCAGAGCUGGCCGUGCUGGACGAGACCGUGGAGCUCAGCGCCUUCUACAAGGAAGCCGUGGUGCCCAAGGAGGUUGCCGUGCUUGUGAGAGGCGAGGCUGAGCGGACCGAGCAGAGAGCUGCUUCGAGCCUACGAGAUUCAGACCGGGAGCUCAUGCAGAAGAUCCAGCAUCGGGCGGACCAGUACGGCAACGGAGUUCAGGUGGCCGCAGGUGUGCUAGACGAGGAGUACGAGAGAGAACUCGAGGUUGAAAAAGAAGUGGAAAAGGAAGUUGAGAGGCAGGUGCCAACAAUGACACCAUAUCACGAGGAGGAGUGGGAUGUCUCCCAGGUGGUGCAUGCCGACAGCGUUGUCUCGCUCAAGAUUGAGACCUUCAGCAUCCCGGACGUUUUUGCCGCGACCCGCAGCCUCAAUCGGUACAAGAGCAUUUGGCCCAAGGUCAUCAAGGUGUACUGUACCAGAAACUUCCGUCAAGCCAUCAACGAAGCGGCAGGCCUGGACGAGUACUUGCGCCCUGUCGAUGCUGUGGUGGCGUUCGAGUCGGGCGGGCUUCUCCUCUUGUCGGAGCGUGAGGGCGAGCAAGCUCUGGUAGCCUUUUGGACGGCCCAAGUGGCUCAGGCAACCCGGCCGCGAGCCUGUUUCGUGAACAUGCCGCUCUGGAGGAAAGGCUUCAGCUCCCAGCCCGCGGGUUUGCUGCCGAACGUUGCGGGUGUUCCCCGGGUGCUCUGCGACCCUCCUGUUCUGGUGAGUCUCCAGGUCUUCAUGGGUGACACCAGCUUUAAAGAUGUCGCGCAGCAGGAGAGCCUUCGGGCUUUAGCGACAUCGAUGGGCCGGGAUGCUGCUGGAGUCAUGAAGCAGCUUGUUCGCCUUCGUGGCAUGUUGCACCGCUACGAGAGGAGUGACAUGGCUUGGAUGCUGAAUUCAUUGUGA